UGGAUGUAGCCACAGAACUGAGAUGGGGUUGGAAGCCGAGAUGCCCAGCUGACCCCUCCCUCUUGCUCUGUACCCACAGGACGACUGGGAGCUCUUUCCCUGGCAUGUGUGCUGGCCCGGGCCGGCGGCAGGAGGGAGCUUGAUGAGUGCCCGGCGUCCCCAGGCCGAUGCCGCCCGCAGAGAAGAGCCAGGGACCCCCGGCCCGGGCGCCCGCAGGCCGCGCUCAGGGCCGGUUGCCCGGCCUGCCGUCGCCGGCGCUCUUCUGCGCCUGCGGGCUGUGCCUGCUGCUGGCCGGCGUGAACGUGACGCUGGUGGGCGCCUUCGCCUCUUUCCUGCCCGGGCACAAUGCGCCGCUCAUCGUGGGGCCGGCGCUGCUCGUGCUGGCGCUCGGCUUCUUCGCCGCCUGCUGCGUGUGUAGCCGCCGGAGCUCCGCGUCCCACGCGCGCUCGGGGGCGGCCGCGGGCCCGGGCCAGGGCGGCGGCGGCGGCGCCAGGCCGGUGGCGCUGGAGAUGGAGAGCAGUGAGCGCAUGGCGCAGGACACCACGGCCGUGCAGCUCAGCCCCGCCGCCUCGGCCGCUUCCUCCGGCCGCUCCAGCCCGGGCCCCGGCCCCGGCCCCGGCCCCUUCGCCCUGGAUGCCCCCGCACCCGCCGCCGUCUACGCUCCGCACUCCGAGGGGCUCCAGCUCAAUCUGCCCCGGGAGCGCUUCGCCCCCUAG